UCAUUCGGAAAGUGCGUAUCAGCAAAAAUGGCUGCGGCUACAUAUUCUCCUGCUUCACUCUCUCGCUUCUAUGUCAGUUCAAGACCUUAUCCCCCGAAAUUUUUCUUCUUCAAGUUCUCUGGUACCGGAAAAGACCGUUCUCGAACCGGUGCGGCUCGGUUCAAGUGCUCGGCGGGGCAGACUGGGUUUUUUACGCGAAUCGGCCGUUUGAUAAAGGAGAAGGCUAAGAGUGAUGUGGAAAAGAUCUUCUCUGGUUUCUCCAAGACCCGAAACAACCUGGCUGUCAUCGACGAGCUCCUCCUCUACUGGAACCUGGCCGACACAGACCGAGUCCUCGACGAACUCGAAGAGGCACUUUUGGUGUCUGAUUUUGGGCCUAAAAUUACAUUGAAGAUAGUGGAUAACUUGCGUGAGGAUAUAUUGUCUGGGAAGCUUAAAUCAGGGAGUGAGAUAAAGGAAGCAUUGAAGAAGAAUGUUUUGGAUUUGUUGACCACGAAGGGGAGUAAAACUGAUCUUCGACUUGGAUUCAGGAAGCCAGCAGUAAUAAUGGUAGUUGGUGUUAAUGGUGGCGGGAAGACCACAUCUCUGGGUAAGUUGGCCUACAGAUUGAAGAAUGAAGGGGCUAAGAUAUUGAUGGCAGCUGGUGAUACAUUUAGAGCAGCUGCUAGUGACCAACUGGAAAUAUGGGCUGAGAGGACUGGGUGUGAGAUAGUAGUGGCUGAAAAUGAGAAGGCCAAAGCAUCAUCAGUGCUAUCACAGGCAGUUAAAAAGGGAAAAGAGCAAGGUUUUGAUAUUGUCUUAUGUGAUACAUCUGGACGCCUGCACACUAACUACAGCCUAAUGGAAGAGUUGAUUUCUUGUAAAAAGGCCGUUGGCAAAGUAGUUUCUGGUGCACCCAAUGAGAUUCUUCAAGUUCUGGAUGGUACCACUGGUUUGAAUAUGUUACCACAAGCACGAGAGUUCAAUGAUGUUGUUGGGGUUACUGGUUUAAUUUUGACCAAGCUAGAUGGUUCUGCCAGAGGUGGCUGUGUGGUCAGUGUGGUUGAUGAACUUGGAAUCCCUGUGAAAUUUGUGGGUGUUGGGGAAGGUGUUGAAGACCUUCAACCUUUUGAUGCAGAGGCCUUUGUCAAUGCUAUAUUUACGUAAUUCAAAUAUAGGCCUAUAGGGUCUGGUUUGCAUACAGUCUUGUGGGGUUAUUGGUUGAACAAGUUGACUUUAAGGAGGGAAGAAUGCAAAGGUGGCACGGGGCAGACAACAUUUUAAUUGUAGGACUGACCUGCCAUGAUAUUUAGAGCCUGUAUAUUGAGAUUCGAGAGGUAUGAGAUGCUCUUCAUGCCUAUGGCUGCAGUUACUUACAAUGGGAUUUAGAGAUUAAGGGAAACAUCCCCUUGAUUGUAGUGUAUAUAGACUAUUGAGGGAGACUGUAAAAUGUAAACAGUAAACUCAUGCUUCCUUGUUCAUUGUUUGAAAUUAAGAGGAACACCCCCUUUUAUUGUAGCAUUAAUAUGCUAUUCUAAUUUAGAACUAUUUAAUUA